GCCGCGCGGGGAGCGGGCGCCGGCGGCGGGCGGCACGGCGGACCCGGGGCUAUGGCCGUGACCUGCUGUGCGCUCAACAGCCUAGUGGUCAUGAACAGCGCCAGCGAGGCGAAGAGUGGCGGCCUGGGGCCCAGCGGCAGCGAAACGCCCCCGGCCCCGAGCCCCGGCAGCGUUUUUAGUCCCGGGACGGCGGCCUCCUUUCUCUUUCCCCCCGCCGAGGAACCGCGCAGCUCCGGCGGCCCGCGCAGGCUGAGCAGUGGCGGCGGCGUGGGAAGCCCGGCGCGCCUGCGGGGGGACCGGCUGCAUGGGUCGACCGCCGGGGCGCUCUCCCCGCCCAGCCCGGAGGAGGCCCAGAGGAAGCUGCGGAUGCUGCAGCGCGAGUUGCAGAACGUGCAGGUGAACCAGAAAGUGGGCCUGUUCGAGGCACACAUCCAGGCACAGAGUGCCGCCACCCUGGCGCCCCGGAGCCCUCGCCUAGGUCGGGCCCGCUCGCCCUCCCCAAGCCCUUUCCGCAGCAGCAGCCAGCCUCCGGAAAGGGGCCUGGCCCAGGGUCCUCCCGUCGAGGAACGGAGGACAAAGUCCUGGGGGGACCAGUGUCCAGAGACUCCUGAUGUGGACUCCACGAAGACAAGAGGUUCCAGCCCGAGCCCCUCGAAGGACAGGGAGGGAAUGGCACUCCUCCAGGGCCUGACCACUCUGACUGGACCAGAUGCUCACAAUCCAGCGGCUUCGUUGAGGGAGACGAGGCCACCUGCCAGUCCCCGUAGUGCCUCACCUGGCCUCGAUGUGGAAAUUGAUAAGAGAGUCAGCUCUCUUUCAGAAACUUGGAGCUGUGGAACUCCCAUGUCGGAGCCUGUUGGACCAAGCCUAGUGAUGGCCACAAAAGUGGCAGCGACAGCCACAUCCAUGGAACAUCACUGUCCACAUGACACUGCCCUCAUUUCGUGGGCCAGCGAGCUUGGGGCCUCACACCCUCGGGAGGCUCUGGUGGAGCGGCAAGGGCAGCUUCUGGGCAGUGAGACAAGCCCAGCCCCAGAGCAGGUUGGCCAGUGCGAUGGAGAGCCCCCUGGGAAAGUGGGGAAAGGGGACCUGCCCUGUGGCAGCCCCUGCUUCAGGGUGCCUGAAGUCAUCAGAAAGCCAGAGGAGCGGAAUGUGAAUUCGCAGAGCUCAGAGCCAUCCGAGGCCUGGAGCUGCUCCACACUGCCUGGACAGCUGUGUUCCUUAGGUGCUAGGGAGUUCCGGAGUGGGAUCCCUAGGAGUGGUGAGGCCCAGCCGCUCCCCCACGGAGUGGGGGAAGGGUCUCCUACGCUGGGCUUGCUUGGGGGCAGUCCCAUAGCACAGCCAGGGACCAAGCAGGUGGAGGUGGGUGUUUCUUCUGACAGAAUGUUGGAACCUUUACACCACUGGGAACUGGGGAAAGACCUGAAUAAACCCCAGUACCUUCCCGGUGACAGGGUGGGUGUGCAGCCUGGGGGCUCCAGACCUUGGCUACCCCCCGUGGAGGAAAGUGGCCUGGCUUGGCCUCCAGGCACAGGGGUACAAAAGAAGGGGACUUGGGAAAGCCAGCUGCAGGAUGGAGAUGCCUACCCCAGGCCCGAGCAGCUGCCCUUGGACCAGGACCAGCCUUCCUUGGGAGAGGCCUGCAGCCCUGGCAAUACACCUGCCAUACCUGCAGUCAUCAUUACAGACACUGGUGCCCAGGAGGAUGGGGGCCUGGAGGAGGUGCACGGAAGCCCUCGGGGCAGUCUACCCCUGAGGAAGCUGUCCUCCUCCUCUGCCUCCUCCACGGGCUUCUCCUCUUCCUAUGAAGACUCAGAAGAGGAUAUCUCCAGUGACCCUGAGCGCACGCUAGACCCCAAUGCAGCCUUUCUUCAUACCCUGGACCAGCAGAAACCCAGAGUGAGCAAAUCAUGGAGGAAAAUAAAAAACAUGGUGCACUGGUCUCCCUUUGUCAUGUCCUUCAAGAAGAAGUACCCCUGGAUCCAGCUGGCAGGACACGCAGGGAGCUUCAAGGCCGCUGCCAACGGCCGGAUCCUGAAGAAGCACUGCGAAUCGGAGCAGCGCUGCCUCGACCGGCUGAUGACCGAUGUGCUGCGGCCCUUUGUGCCCGCCUACCAUGGAGACGUGGUAAAGGACGGGGAACGCUACAACCAGAUGGACGACCUGCUGGCUGACUUUGACGCGCCCUGUGUGAUGGACUGCAAGAUGGGCGUCAGGACGUACCUGGAGGAGGAGCUCACCAAGGCCCGGAAGAAGCCCAGCCUGCGGAAGGACAUGUACCAGAAGAUGAUUGAGGUGGACCCCGAGGCCCCCACCGAGGAGGAGCGGGCCCAGCGGGCAGUGACCAAGCCACGCUACAUGCAGUGGCGGGAAACCAUCAGCUCCACAGCCACCCUGGGCUUCAGGAUCGAGGGGAUCAAAAAAGAAGAUGGCUCAGUGAACCGCGACUUCAAGAAGACCAAAACGAGAGAGCAGGUCACUGAGGCCUUCAGGGAGUUCACAAAAGGAAACCGUAACGUCCUGGUCGCCUACCGGGACCGGUUGAAGGCCAUCCGGACCACCCUGGAAGUAUCUCCCUUCUUCAAGUGCCAUGAGGUUAUCGGCAGCUCCCUGCUCUUCAUCCACGACCAGAAGGAGCAGGCCAAGGUGUGGAUGAUCGACUUUGGGAAGACCACACCCCUGCCGGAGGGCCAGACCCUGAAGCACGAUGUGCCCUGGCAGGAAGGGAACCGGGAAGAUGGCUACCUGUCCGGGCUGAACAACCUCAUCGAAAUCCUGACAGAAAUGUCCCAGGAUGCCACACUGGCCUGAGGCCACCUGCCCCCUCUGCCACUCCUCCUGCACUGCUUCCCUCCUCCCUCUUGAUUCUUCUUUCCUGUUGCCUGCCUCAGGCCCCAGCACUGACCCUCUCUAGCUGCACAGCAGGACCCCUUGUAGGAGAGAGCUUCUCUUUUGUAAAUAGUCACCUUGUAGAAGACUUUCCAAACUGAAGCUCAGCUUCUUGCACCAAUCAGUUGGAUUUAGAGCUGGCGGGUGUGGGUGGCCCUGGGACCCCUGGCUCUGGGAGACUCCAGGAAGCACAGGUUCAGAGUGGGCUGCCUGUAGGGGCCUACUGCCCCCUGGUGGCCAGUGUUCAUAGCGUUCCCACCCAGAGAGCCCCACAUCCAGCCAGGCUCCUGACUUUCUGGGGAGAGCACAUGUUGCUUGUGAGCAGAGGAUACUCCAGUGAGCAGCCCCUGGGGCUUCCAGAGGUGCUGUGCCUUUCUAGGCCUGAUUUGGAAACCAGCUUUGUCCCAGACCUAGGGCAGAAGAGAAGCCGAUUUGGCAGUGCUUUCUGACCAGGUCUUGCCAGGAGAGGGCAGAUGGGAGCCGUUUUUCCGUCUGGAAUUAUGGCCAUGGUUUCAGAGGGGACUUUGUGCAGAGCUGAGCAUCGUGCAGAGCUGCUGCCACUUCUAGGACCCCUGGCUCCUGUCCUUGCUUGGACCUCCCACUCCAUCUUACUGUUCAAGGUCCAGGGCCAGGUGGAGCUGGUCCAGGCAUAGAUAACCUGAGAGAGCCCGCUGUCUGCUCAGCAGAGAAUGCUGUCUCCUGUCCCUCACACCCCUGGCGCUGGCGGGUCAUCCCUACCCACUUGCAGAGGGUCCUUUCAAAUAGUUGGGGAGGGGGAUAAGGCCAGAAGGAAGCAGGGUUCUGGUAUACUGGCAUCAUUUCUACAUUUCCUCUGAAAGUCUUAAAAUCUGAAGGGCUCAGACCCUUGCUUCCCCAGUUAGUAUGGGUGACUUCCAGGGCACAUGGUGGCGCCCUAGGACAUGCCAGGCCUCUUCUGGAGGUCCUGGCUGCUCAGAGUCCUGGGGGACCAUUCUUAACUGUAAAGACAGUCAGUCUGUAUUACUGAAAAGAAUGUGCAGUUUGCAGGACUUCUUAAGAACAAAACUCCUGGCCCUGUUGCCAUAUAGAGCUCUGCCCCUGGCCCCUAGGGGCUCACCACCCCUUCCCUGGCUGUCAGGGACUGCUGGGUCCCAGGCCAGGGGCUCCUGGGGACUCGGCAAGAGGCACGGGCACAGCAGGUAUACCUGGUGGGUUGGCUCCAGGGAAGGGUGGCCUAAUGCCUUGGGGUCCUGGGGGGUGGGGACUGCCAGUUGAUCGUCGUGAUGAAUAUAUUUCCCCUUUCAUGCUGGGUGGGUGAGUGACAGUUGGCGAGGGCACAGGGUGGGAACCAAGAGGAUGUGUAAGUACAGAUUUUAAAAAGGAAAUCACUUGAACUUCCUGGCUCUUGUUCGGAACUGUGGUGCAUUUUGAUGUGGGCUGAUGUGCUAAAGGUCAUACCCUGCCCUUGCCCAGCCUGAGACCUUGUGAUAGCACAUGACCAGGAAGGCAGGUGGAGGGGUCGGCAGCAAGAGCCCAGAUGUGGGAGCUAUUGUGGCCCUUGCAGGUUGUGGGCCACCUAGGGGGCCUGUGCUGUGGCUGUCUACAGGGAGGUGACAUCACAAAUUCGGACAGGACAAUUCUGUGCCAUGAGCAGGCCCAAAGUUACCCCGUGCUAUCUAUGAAAAACAUUUGCUAAAGCAAGUUAGUGAUGCAAACAAAAAUGAGAGGGACCCACAAAAAUGACAGGGACCAGUGUAACCUACAUAAGAGAGCAAAGCUCCCCAGCACUUCAAGGGGCACCAGCUGUUUGCAGGCUGUGGGCUAAUGUGCGCAGAGGAUCUUUUAUCCCUGGGCCAAGAGUGUCUUCCGAGAGAUGCUGAAGGGCUCCUCUGGGGGCUCCUCGUUACCAGGGUGUUUCGUUUUGUUGGGGUUCUGUACAUGCCGUGCCAGGCCUCACACCUCUGCCUCUUGGCCUUCUCCCAGCCCUGGCCUGCGUCCACCCUCGCCCAUCACUGGGGAGACCGGUCCUACAUGGGCUUUCCCGGAGCUCUGUCCUGGCAGCACAGCACCGACCCAGCCGCGCGGGGCCUGGGGCAGGACACUUGCGUGCAGUAGCCGGGUGGGGCCGAGAGCGCUGCUCAGCGUGCUUGGAAGCUUCCCUGGGCUGCUUCCCCCAGACUCCCUUUAGUGUCCUGCAAGAAGUUUUUAAGUUAUAUUUAUUUUGUUGGUUUCUAAAAAUUACACAAAACACUAAGACUGAAAGGCUGGACUCCGUUUUUCCCUGCGAGCUUGGCCUUCUCUCAACUUCUUUUCUGCUUGGUGGGGGGAGCCGGGCAGCGCCCCCUGCCCCAAGUGGCCUCUUCCACCUCUGUCUGUGAUGUCUCAGCAUCCAGUCAGCCAUGGGUACAGAGCCUGGCCCCUCACCCCAGGGUGCUCGCUCAUCAGUGCCUUUUCCUGGGGGAGAGGCCCCUCUCCCCCAAGACUGUACCCUUCCCCCAAGAACUGUUACAGACCUGGCCCAGCCUCCUAAUAAAGGCCUCGGAGACCAGUGUGA